ACCCCUCAAUCUUUUUAAACCGAUUCAUCUUGACACAUCUCAUCAUAAAAAAUAUAUUUUUUGAGUUGCAAAAUUAUUUUUUUUGUUUAAUUUUUAUUUAUAUAGAGGUUUUUUUUUUAUCAGACCGUGUAUUAAAAAAGUUAUCUUAUUGGUAGACUAGGCACCUUUCACCCGAAGCCCCAGGCUUCGGCCUGAUAUCAUCAAUAUACUGUAAAAAAGUAAUUUUUCUCGCAAUAUCCACAUACAUAGUUUCUUGUAUCAAACCCAUAUUAAUCUCAACUUUUCCAUUUACACUUCGUGAUGUCUCAGUGGAACAAUACAUAUGAUUACAACAGUCAACAUCAGACUCCAAAUACAUGGAAUUCUGAUCCUAAUGGUCAAUACGGAAGUCAGGUUUACUACAAUAGGCAAAUGGAUCCAAGUGGUAAUCAAUAUGUGAGUUUUAAUGAAUUUCUAUCGCAAAUGCAGCAGUCUGGAGUUCCUAGUGUCAACACAGCCCAGUAUAGUAAUGUCCACUAUCAGAGUUAUCCACCUAACCAAUAUAAUAAUGAAAAUAGUUAUCAAAACUUAUCAACAAAUGUAAAUGCUCAAGCCAAUUUCGGAUAUGGUGCUAGUUCUAGUUAUUCAAACAAUGUUGAAUCUUAUGAAACCAAUAGUCAAGACCAGUAUAUUCCUCCAGUUGAUGGUAAUAGUUAUACCAAUGAUAUGGUUUCUAAAUCUAAAUUAACCCCAACUGCCAUUGAAUUUAUUCCUAAAAGUUCUUCGUUACAAACAGAACAUAAUCAGCCAAAUGAGAUACAGAAUGAACCUUUGGACAUAGCAAACAGUGGCUGUGGUUCUAGUAGUGGUCAUACAAAACCAUCAGAUUCUAAAAAUUGGAGAGAACGACCGAAAAAUACAGCACAAAAUAGUUCCUAUGAUACUAAUGGAUAUGAAAAUGGAGUAAGCCAAGAACAUGAAAGCAAUGGCAGUCUUCGUUAUGAUAAUAAAAAUCGCAAAUAUGAUACAACUAAUAGUCAAAAUCAUACUAGGCCAGAAAGUAGUCAUUAUCCACAAAGUUCUAGAAAUAAUGAUACUAAUGCUUAUAGUAGAAAAAAUAGAAAUGAUAAUUAUAAUAAUGGUGAUUCAAACCGUAGAGAAGGGGGCCAAAGUAAACCUAAAGGAAUGGGUAGAGAUACAGACCCUAGUAGAACUUUCUAUAAUAGUAACAAGAAUAAAGAUAGCCAGGAUGUAAGAAAUGGGAGAGGGGAGCCUUCAGGCAGGCAACGCUGGGCUGGAACUCAACGGCUUAAAGCCAAUGAACGUUACAGCUAUGAAGAUGAACAAUUUGCAAAUUCAUAUCUACAAAAUAGAGAAGAGAAAGGAAGGAACCAUGUACCAAGUCCAGCAAGAAGUAAAAAAACAGUUGUUAGUAAUAAUGCAGGUUUAAAUAAAGAAAUGACUCAAAGAGAGCGUCUGACGGAACAACUUGAUAAAGGUACACUAGAGUGCCUGGUUUGCUGUGAACGAGUAAAACAAUUGGAUCCUGUAUGGUAUUGCACUAAUUGCUUCCAUGUUAUGCAUCUUCGGUGUAUUAGAAAAUGGGCUGUUAGCAGUAUGGUUGAGGGCAAAUGGCGUUGUCCGGCAUGUCAAAACACCAGCCAAGACAUUCCCACAGAGUAUAGAUGCAUGUGUGGUGCAGUUCGUAAUCCUGACUACCAGAGAGGUGGCAGUACUGCCCAUACUUGUGGUAAAGCCUGUAAAAGACCUAGAAGUUGCCCUCAUCCAUGCACUUUGCUUUGCCAUCCAGGACCGUGCCCACCCUGCCAGGCUACUAUUGCAAAGAAAUGUGGGUGUGGUGCGGAAUCCCGCUCUGUAUUAUGCAGUAGCAAGUUGCCCCAGGAGUGUGGAAGACAGUGUGGUCGCAAACUUAACUGCGGUGUUCAUAGCUGUGCAAAUGAUUGUCACGAGGGACCGUGCGAGCCUUGCGAUUUUAUUGUGGAACAAGUAUGCUACUGCCCAGCCGCUAAAACCCAGUCAGUACCAUGUACGCCAGAGAGUGGAGACACGCGUACGUUCUCUUGUGGGUCUGCGUGCGCGCGCGUACUCACUUGCGGCGCGCACGUCUGUAGGGACGAAUGUCACCCACCGCCUUGUAAGACAUGCCCACGGAGUGUGGAAAAUGUUAUAACGUGUCCAUGUGGAAACACUAAAUUAAAGGAAGGUGAACGCAAAAAUUGCUCGGACCCAAUACCGCUGUGUGGUAAUAUCUGCGCUAAACCACUCAUUUGUGGACCGGAUAAUGAUAAACAUUUCUGUAUGCAAAAGUGCCACGAAGGAGUUUGCCCCGAGUGUCCAAGCACUACAGUUCUUCAAUGCCGCUGUGGUCACUCGACUGUUGAUGUGCCUUGCAAAGAUCUACCCGGUGCUUAUGAUAAUGUGUUCUGUCAAAAGAAAUGUAAUAAGAAAAUGUCGUGCGGGCGCCAUCGCUGCCGCACAGCUUGCUGCGCAUCCUCACACCGCUGCGCAGUGGUUUGCGGGCGAACUUUAUCCUGUCAAUUACAUCGAUGCGAGGACUUUUGCCACACAGGACACUGUGCGCCUUGUCAACGGCUGGGCUUUGAAGAGCUUCGCUGUGAAUGCGGUCUCGAAGUGAUCCUGCCCCCGAUCCGGUGUGGGGCGAAGCCUCCACCGUGCAGUGCCCCUUGUCGCCGGGAACGGCCUUGCGGACAUCCGCCUCAUCACUCGUGCCACUCUGGGGAAUGUCCACCUUGCGUCGUGCUUACCACCAAGACUUGUUAUGGGAAACAUGAGGAAAGGAAAACUAUUCCGUGUUCCCAAGAGGAGUUCUCUUGCGGUCUGCCCUGUGGAAAGCCGCUACCUUGCGGAAAGCAUACUUGCAUCAAGAUCUGCCACAAGGGACCGUGUGAUACUGACAAAUGCAACCAGCCGUGUAACGAGAAAAGGUCAUCCUGUGGUCAUCCUUGCUCCGGGCCGUGUCACGCGACAAAUGGCGGCCCAUGCCCCAGCACUUCCAAUUGCAAGCGAGCCGUUACCGCCACUUGUCCUUGUGGACGCAGGAAGGCCGAAAGGGCCUGUUGCGAUAACGCUAGAGAUUUUGCCAAGAUUUUAAAUGCCCUGGCUGCGACGAAGAUUCAAGAAGGCGGUAUGGUUGACCUGUCAGACGCGCAACGGCCUAGCGCCAUGUUGAAAACCCUAGAAUGCGAUGACGAAUGCCGUCAAGAAGCCCGUAGCCGUCAACUCGCGCUCGCUCUUCAGAUACGGAACCCGGACGUGUCCGCGAAACUAGCGCCGAGGUACAGCGACACGUGCAGAGCAAUGGCCGCUAGGGAACCAAGCUUCGCUCAACAUGUGCAUGAAAAACUCACUGAUUUGGUCCAAUUGGCUAAAAAGUCAAAACAAAAAACACGCGCGCACUCAUUCCCGUCAAUGAAUCGUCCGAAACGUCAAUUCAUUCACGAAAUGUGCGAACACUUUGGUUGCGAGAGCGUCGCGUACGACGCGGAGCCAAAUCGGAACGUGGUCGCCACAGCUGAUAAGGAAAAGUCAUGGCUACCAGCGAUGAGCGUGUUGGAAGUAUUAGCUCGUGAAGCUGGUAAACGAAGAGUUCCAGGGCCAAUGCUACGCGCUGCGACUAGUAGCACCGCUUCCGCUCCGGCGCCUACACCCGCUACCGCUCCCGCUACUAAAUCUUUUGGUGGUUGGGCGACGUUGACUUCGAACAAUUCGUGGGCAAGUCGAAGUCAACCUUCAACGACUGCGGUGGUCAGAAAUGCACCACUUAGACAGGAGUCGCGGCCAAAAAUCGACUAUUUUGAUAAUCCACCAGAAGAUUAACAAGACAUCAGUGUAUCGUGCAGUUAAAGGUUCGCAUGUAUCCCAGUAAAAAAUAUUUAAAAUUAAUAUUAAAAAAUACAAAUUACUAUUCCCAGUUUUUAGAUAUUUUACUACGUAUAUGCGCUAUUUCACGUAAUUAUUUGAUUGUUUUAAAUUGAUUGGUUUGAUGGUAAAACAUUAUUUUGAAUUAAUAUAAAAAAAAUAAAGUAUAAUCUCCAGUUUUGAAGUCUUUUACUACGAGUACAUGCGCGAACCACGCAUCCUCAAAAUCUUACCUAGCCCGAAUCAACGCGUAAUUAAUCGAUUCUUUCCAAAUUAUAACAUGAAAACUCCCAUAAAAACAUCUUUGGUUUCGUACUGAAACGUGGGAUAGAGCGUCUUCCAAGUCGGUAUUUUAAGAGAAAUUCCUUUUUGAAGCUUCCCUGGGAAUAAAACAAAAGACGAACGACGUGUUUGAUUGUGAUUGGUCAAAAGCAGCUUCUGUUCAGUACUCGUACACACGCGACAUGUAUUACGUACGUUUGACCAAUCACAAUCGAACGAUUUCGUCUAUCUGCAUAAGUGGGUUUAACAUUCUUACACUGUUCUCAUACAAUUAUAGAGUAAAGUUUUCUGUAAAGUUACUAUAUUAUCUCCCUAUAUAAAUAGCUAUUAAACGGUUUGUACUUGUGUGUUAUCAAAUAAAUAUCGUGAGAAAAUAUUAACUAAUUUAUUUAUGAAUAAAUUUGAAGAUACAAGUGUGAAUGCUUUUAAUGAUGUCAUGACAAUAAUGCCAUCACACACGAAGUCACUAUACUUCACGUUGCCUUAUAUUCUGUCAAGGAGUUCCACGAUCCAAGCAGCUUUAUCAUUGUUAGAAACAAAAAAAUCAUAUCAAUUGUAUUCAAAU